AUGUCUAACUUCAAGAGAUUGAAAGUCGACAAAAUGGUAGGCCAAAUCUGUACUCAUUCAGGGUCCUUCCACGCGGAUGAAGCGCUCGCUGUUUACAUGCUGAAAUUGUUACCACGGUAUAAUGACGCCAAGGUUGUAAGAUCGAGAACUCCUGCCGACUGGGAUCAAAGCGAUAUUGUAGUGGAUGUCAGCGGGAAAUACGAUGGUGUCAAGUUUUUCGACCACCAUCAGCGUGAGUUCUUCGAGACAUUCGACGAUAAUCAUAAGACAAAACUUUCUAGUGCCGGUUUGGUCUAUAAGCAUUUCGGGCGUGAAAUCAUCAAAACUGUCCUUAGCGACGUCAGUGAUGGCGAUCUCGGCAUCCUGUAUCUGAAGGUAUACAAGCAGUUCAUCGAGGCCCUGGAUGCCAAUGACAAUGGUAUAAGCAAAUUCGAUGCGGAAGAACACAGCAUCAAGCCGAAGUUUUCAGAUUCUGCUAUCACUAUUCCCGGUAUCAUUAGCAAUAUGAACCCUAAUUGGAAUGAUGAUUGCUCGCCAGAAAAAUAUGACGAACAAUUUUUCAAAGCCAGCGCUUUCAUUGGUGGUGUCUUCGUCGAUUUAGUCAAUGGAUAUGGAAAAUCGUGGCUACCAGCGAAAAGCCUGGUUCAGAAAGCUUUAGAGAGCCGUAUGGAUGUCGACAAGAGCGGGAAAAUAAUUGUCUUGGACCAAUUCUGCCCGUGGAAGGAACACCUUUUCGAAGUGGAAAAGCAAAUGGGCAUCGUCGAUGAAAUCCAGUUCGUCUUGUUCGAAGACAGCAGCAAGACUUGGAGAGUCUCGACCAUACCAAUCUCUGCGAACUCCUACAAGUUCAGGAAAGGGCUUCCAGAACCUCUAAGAGGCCUGAGAGACCAGGAACUGAGCGAAAAAUCAGGAAUCCCAGAAUGUGUCUUUAUCCAUGCUGCUGGCUUCAUUGGCGGAACAAAGACCAAAGAGGGAGCUCUAAAAAUGGCCAAGAUGUCUUUAUAA